AUGCCUCACAAAAAGAAGAGUAAACUCCGUUUCCGUGAGAAACAUCGCCAGGCCCGAGAGGAUGCUCAGGCCACUGCAGCGGAGGAGAAAGCGUCAACUCCCUCCUCCUUGCCUCCUGGGGAGGGUUCUCCCCAGGAGCCUCAGAGAGCACCAGCCAGCACCGCUGGUGCUGCAGGAGCUUCCUGCACCAGAGCUGUUGAGGGUGCCCAGAGCCAAGAUGAAGCAAGUGCAAGUUCCUCUGCAGCUGGUGUCCAGAGCUCCCAGAUAGAUCCUCUAACCAGAAGAGUAAACAUGCUGCUGCAGUUCCUGCUGGAAAAGUACAAAAAGAAAGAGCCCGUUUCCAAGGCAGAGAUGAUAAAGAUCAUCAGCAAAAAGUACAAGAAGCACUUCUCAGAGAUAUUACAGAGAGUCACUGAGCACAUGGAGCUGGUCUUUGGCCUUGAUCUGAAAGAAGCGGACUCCAAAGCUCAAGUCUACGUGAUUGUUAGCAAGUUGCAGCUCAGCAGGGAGGAGAAUCUGAAUGAUAGCCUGUUUCCCAAGAACGGGAUGCUGAUGCCCCUCCUGUGCAUGAUCUACAUGAGAGGCAACAGAGUUAGCGAGGAGGAGGUCUGGAAGUUUCUAAAGAAGCUAGAGAUCUAUGAUGGGGAGAUGCACUUCAUCUUUGGGGAUCCCAGGAAGCUCAUCACUGAAGCUCUAGUGCAAGAAAAGUACCUGGAAUAUCAGCAGGUGCCCGGCAGUGAUCCUCCACGCUUCGAGUUCCUGUUGGGACCCGGGGCCCACGACAACAAGACCAAGAUCCUGGAGUUUUUGGCCAACUUCAAUGCUUUUUGA